ACAGCAGCUCAAUCUCCAGAAGGCCAGAAGUCCUCAACAUGUUGGCUGCAUCUCUGAUCAUCAUUUUGGGGAUCUGGUGCACAGGAACUAACUCACAGUACACCUUGACUCAGCCUGCGGCACAAUCCUUUCCCCUGGGACAACCGGGAAAGAUCUCAUGUAGCAUGAGCCGAGACAGCCAAGUGGGCAGCUAUACCAUAUAUUGGUACCAACAGAAGGCUGGAGAGAGCCCCAAAUAUCUUCUCUAUGAUACCAGCAGCAGUGGCCGGUUCACGGGGUCCAAGGACGCCUCUGCCAAUGCAGCCUAUUUAACCGUUACAAACCUCCAGGCUGAAGAUGAGGCUAGUUACUAUUGUGGUGGUGGUUACAGCAGUGGCAGCAACUUGUGGAUCAACCUCACAGAGUGUGGUGUCUCAGCCUCCAUCAGCCUCAGUGUCCCCAGGAAACACGGCAAAACUGCCCUGCAUCUUGGGCACAUCAACCUCCCAGCCCGUGGUGUCUCAGCCUCCAUCAGCUUCAGUGUCCCUCAGAAACACGGUUACCAGAUGCCUUCAGAAGUGGAGAAGGGAGUACUCAAGCUUUGUGCGUAUGAACUGGGCUUGAUAAGUAAAUGUUUUUGUAUGAUCAUUACUCACUGUGUGAUUAUCUUCGGCGAUGGAACCCAUCUGACAGUCACAGGUCAGCCCACUGUAUCUCCUUCGGUGCAAGUCUUUGCUCCUUCCCAGGAAGAGAUCAGAAGCCCGAACCCACAUACGGUGGUCUGUCUCGUGAGCGGCUUUUACCCACCUGGUUUCAACCUGCAAUGGAAAUGUGAUGAUAAAGUGAUAACAUCUGGAGUGGAGACAACCAAGGCCACCAAGCAAGGGGACAAAUACCUUGCCAGCAGUUACCUGAAAUUGAAUGCAUCUGACUAUGAAAAAUAUGACACUUUCACCUGUCAAGUGACGCAUGAAAGCAAGACCAUUGUGAAGAGUGUGUCAAAAUCUGGAAGUUGUUAACUCCAUUCGUCAGGAGAACGGAGUCCCUUCUCCUGGGCAUUCUUCAUUCUUUCCUAAACUUUAGUGUGACCCAUAGUGUCUCUUUCUAUCCCAUGUAGUUACACUCUUUGUAUCCCCUCUCUACCUUCGCCCUUCAAAUCAAUUCCCCCCCCUUGAUCUGCUAGAUUCUACUGUCAGCACAUUAAUAAAGUUGAAUGUAUUUCAUUUG